AACAUGGCCAGAGAAAGUCAAGUUCCCCAACCGGGUCCUGCCCGCCUGUCUCCCGGCGCUGGCCCCGACGAAUGGCUGGAGCAGGCCAAGCAGUGCAAGUACCUGCCCGAAGCCGACAUGAAGCGCCUGUGUGAGAUUGUCAAGGAGUGCCUGAUGGAGGAGUCCAACAUCCAACCAGUCAACACUCCCGUCACUGUCUGUGGUGACAUCCACGGCCAAUUCUACGACCUGCUCGAGCUGUUCGCCGUCGCUGGUGGCAUGCCUUGUGACAAUAACCCAAACGAACCUCAAUCAGAAGCCCCAAAGCCCGAACCUGCCAAGUCUCCUCUGCCCAAAGGCUUCUCUGCUGCCGAUAUCGAACCUCCAUCCCAGAUCAAUGACCCCCGCGUCAAGCGCAAGAUGAAGCGUCGCUUCCAACGCGAUAGUGCAUACACCUCUUCCGCCUCAAAUGCUUCAGAUGAUGCCGGCGACGACCAAGAGGGAGAUGAUGGCCAAGAAGGAAGUGAACUCAGAGGUCGCGUGAGGAGCCGCAGCAGCGGUUCUGACCACAGAGGUCCCCCUGGAGGUGGCGACGUCGAUGAAUCAGACCAAGAAGACGACGAAGACGACAGCGAUAGCGGUAUUGGCGGCAGUCCAGAAGCCUCUAGGAAAAAGCAGCCUGGUUCCAGCAGCAACAACAACAACGGAAAGCAGAACUUCAUCUUCCUUGGUGAUUUCGUUGACCGUGGCUACUUCUCCCUCGAGACCUUUACUUUGCUUAUGUGCCUGAAAGCAAAGUUCCCGGAUCGCAUCACCCUUGUGCGUGGAAACCACGAAUCAAGACAGAUUACUCAGGUUUAUGGUUUCUACGAAGAGUGUCAGACCAAAUACGGAAAUGCCUCGGUCUGGAAGUCUUGCUGUCAGGUCUUUGAUUUCCUUGCUCUUGCCGCAAUAGUCGAUGGCAAAGUGCUGUGUGUGCACGGUGGUUUGAGUCCCGAGAUCCGUACCUUGGAUCAAAUCCGUGUUGUUGCUAGAGCACAGGAAAUUCCUCAUGAGGGCGCUUUCUGCGAUCUAGUAUGGAGUGAUCCUGAGGAGGUCGAUACAUGGGCUGUCAGUCCACGAGGCGCUGGUUGGCUGUUUGGUGAUAAGGUCGCUACAGAGUACCACUUCAAGAACCAAGAUGUAGUGACGGUCUGGUCAGCACCAAAUUACUGCUACCGUUGUGGUAAUGUUGCCAGUAUCAUGACCCUAGGCGAAGAUCUAGAACCAGACUUUACCAUCUUCUCCGCUGUGCCAGACCACAGACGCGCCGUUCCUGCAGGCAGAGGAAGGACGGGAGAAUACUUUUGUAAUCAUCCAACCGUCUCAGUCUCGGCUUGUUAUGGCACAUUUGCUAGAAUCCUUUUGUGCUUUUGA